GUAGAACGGUGUGGACGGCUAGGCACAGACCUAGCCGCGGCCCUCCGCCGAGGUGAUGCUUUAGGCGUGUGCUUCCUCCUCACCCCGGCGGAGCUCGCAGACCUCACGAGUGUUGCCCGAUGGUGCAAUGGUAAGAGUCAGCGGAGGGCACUUUGGUACACGUACUACAUGCUCCAUUGGGCGGGUGACUGCGGAGCGGGAGCUGGGACGCAAGUUCGUCCCCUUCGCUCCGUGGGCGACAUGUGGCCUGCGCCAUGGUUCUUGGCCGUGGGCUUUUGCGGGGCGCGGUCUGCCUUGGAUCACUUGUUCUGGUUCAUCCCGGUUAUUCGGUGCACGUUGCUGGUCGAGAGACCGAUUUAUCUACCGCCUCCGCCACCCCCGGACACAGCGGCCUGGCAGGUGGCGAGUCGGGUGAGCGCGCAGCCCGACGGGCGCUCGAGGAUUUUCCGGUGCUUCGUUUGCGACCUCUUGGAGGUUGCACCACCCGGCCCCGAACCUCAGCAUUUCCGUCGGCGAUGGACCAAACCGUGCCCUGACUGUCCUCACUUUGCACACCGCUCUUGCUUGGAGAGGAGGUUGUUGGAGCUGGAGACAGGCAUGGAGCUUGUAGACUCGCAGCACGAGGCCGCCGAAGUCCCGGCGGCCUUUCGCUGCCUUUGUGGAAGGCCCUUCCGCCUGUCGAGGCGCUUUCCCGAAACACUCGCAGAGCUGCUCUCCGCGACGCGGAAGGAAUGGCGCUUCGUGAUCCGAAGGCUCAUUUUGAUGGCCUUCUUCUUUGUAUGGAUGUACACACUUGCAGAACAUUACUGCGUUCAAGACGGUAAAGUCAACAAGGAGGUGUGCGUCCUCCUGGCUUUCACCGCACCCUUGAUGAGCGUCUCCGUGAGCCAAAGGUUCCAUCGCGGAAUCCAAAUGAUUUGGCACACCCCGCACAGGUGGCGAUACUUCCACAUCUUCGGCUUUUUCGCAAUGUUGUUUUAUUUGGUCCCUGGCUCGCUAUGUUUCGCUGCGGGCAUUUCAACCGCAGCGCUGGGCGGCUCUUGCCCCUGGGUCCUGGAUGGUCCUGGUACUUUAGAGGGUGUUUUGAGCUUGCCCACGGGCGUGAGCCCAACCUUGAAGCUGCGCAUCACUGCAAAGCCAACACCGGCCGCUCAAGGUUUGCAAAAGAACAGCUGGGUAACACUGGGCGGUAUCGGUGACUACUUGUACUGCAAAGUUGUUUCCGACUACUGGGAAUGGCAGUGCCUCCACGAGCCUUUGGAACUUGGUUUGGUCAUUACAGAAGACAUCGUCGCCGUCAUAGGAGCAGAGGCCGUGAUUGCAAGAUCCGCCGCCAAGGGAUGCACGGAAUUCAGCUUGCCCCCCAAGCUCCAGGUUACCAUGCGGUAUUUUGGCGUUGUGAUGCGAAUCGGGGCGUUUCGAGCUUUGGAGUUUGGGUUCAGAAAUCAGCUGUCAACCAACGCGCGCCGUUUGUCCUGGCAGGGACUGGGAACAUGUGCAGCCCACUCUGCCAUUGAAAUCUUGAGGCAGGAAAUAACCGCAAACGAGAUGUCCUGUGCUGUGGAGCUCUCAACCGGCGAGUUUCGAGUCCAGACUGAUCUCGAGUUUAUGGACUUAGUCUUGAGUUUCAACAAGCUUGUGCCCUCAUUCCUCUGCUCCCACGAUGCCAUGAUACCGAAGCUUGUCCUCGUGGCCGUCUGCCAUGUGGGGACUGGAGCGCUGGAGGCAGGAUGCGAGACCGGCGUGCCGGGGGCUCUUGCUGUGCCGCGGGAGUGGGGCUGGUGGCGGAGUGAGUGUAGGACCCGACCUCCGAUUGCGGCGCCGGAUAUUCAGAGGAUCAGACGGGCACGGGGCACCUUAGACACCAAACUUCGGCUCGAAGGCAGCUUCGAGAUCGAAUUUGAUCGAAAUCCGGGUUCCCCGCCGAUCGCCAGAUUGCCCGACGAGCUCAUGAACGAUCCGCGCUGGAAGAGGCAUGUGCCGCCCGGGGCCUCAGGUGUCACGACUGUGCGGCUGAAAGGGCUGUGGGUUGAUUGCACUGGGACAUUUGUGCGGCUGUGGCUGGUUCGCUUGCAUUCGGAGCAAUGGCCGCCUUUCUCCAAACGAUCGCCAUGUGUUCGAAGAAAUCACCUGCGAUGCCGGUCUUCUUGCUUUGGGUUGGACAAGAAACGACCCUUCGAUUCUCGGCCAUGGCCCCAAGAACUGUCAUCGCUACACUCUGAGUCGACUUUCGCUGGCAAGGCUUUGCGGCUCCCUUUCACGUUUUCACCCACUCUUCGAGCCCACUUCAAGCUUGUGAGCAUGAAACGCAGAAGAAGCCUGAGACUUGCAGACUCGAAGGUCGAAGGUCCGGGGCAGAGGCUACUGGUUCUGGAAGGCAGCCGAGUUUGGUUUGGGGAGCAAUGGAGAGGGGAGGCAGCGCUGUCCAACAUGCUUCUCGACAAAGGAGAAAUGCAGCUGGGCGACGAUCUCCUCUAUGUGGAUGCGGAUGCUUUGGGUGAGUUGGGCCACCUCUUGAAAAUGCGAGAGGAAACAACAGAGGAUAUCGUCAUCCGGAAGCAGCCGCACUGCGAGCACGUCUGGACGAAAGGCGAGAUCUUUGAGCGUUUCAACACGACCUGGGACAACCCGCACUACGGCCUCACGCAGCAGCCGAAAGCCCAGGCUUACUUGAUGCGGCUGAACGUCCGAACCUCACGUUUGCUGCGGACUUGGGAGAUGCUCCUGCAGGACUUCCAUCUGGUGUCGGAUGAACCCUCCAGGAAUACUGCACUCGAUGGUCCCUGGCACAAGCGAAAAGAGAAUCGCCAUGACCAAAGCCUGCUCUCCAUGGUCAUCAAGGCAGGUGUGGGGGCCGGGGGAAGGGAGGGGGACGUGCGUGUGUUCUCACUUUGGUCCUCCCUAAGCUGUGUUGCGGAAGAGAGCGCUCUGUCCAGUGUCAGCCAGGUGUCAGCCAAAGAGGGUUUGAGGUGA